AUGGACAUUUUCCGCUUCCGCCUCAAUUGCAUAGACCACUACCAGUCUGCUCCAACGGAGCUUGAUCCUGUACUGCGUCGCGGGACAGGUCUUUCCCAGCGCCAGAAUGGACCCCAGGUGCCUGUUAUUAGGGUCUUCGGCGCAACGGAAACUGGCCAAAAGGUCUGCGCGCAUAUCCAUGGUGCUCUACCAUACCUAUAUUUGCAAUACGAUGGCAGUCUGGAAAAGGACGCCGUCUACGUGGGCCAUAUUACCCUCGUCAAGGGGGUACCGUUCUUUGGCUAUCACGUUGGUUACAAGUUUUACUUGAAGGUGUACAUGCUCAACCCAAUGCAUAUGACGCGAUUCGCAGACCUGUUGUACCAGGGUGCUAUCAUGAACAGAGUUCUGCAACCGCACGAAAGCCACGUGCAGUAUCUCCUCCAAUGGAUGUGCGAUUACAACCUUUACGGUUGCGCAUAUAUCGACUGCUCAAAUGUCACCUUCCGCGGCCCUGUUCCGGAUGCUUCAGAUUCGACAGGUUCGGUACACAAAUGGCAUGACAAAUCCAUUCCCAUCCACCUCCUUUCUGAUCAGGAUCGAUUUCCGCGGCAAAGCCAUUGUUCAAUUGAAAUCGAUAUCUGUGUCCAGGACAUUCUGAACCGGAAAGAGAUCGAACCUCGUCCCCAACAUCACGACUUCAUCGAGCGGUUUCGUCAUUUGCAACCUGAUGAGAAGCUCGUACAUUCCAUGGCUGGCUUAUGGCGUGACGAAACCCGCCGCCGAAGACUGCGCAUGGGACUUAGCGACUCUUCGGGUACUCCUUUCCCCCCAGAAGUCUUGAUGUCCGUGUCCGCAGAUCCUCGAAAUACCGACAAGGGCGGGUGGAUACAUGAGGAGGAGUUCAAUGAAAUGAUUCAUGAAUUGAUCCAUGGAGAAAAGGAGCAGAGACCGGAUGCCGACAUGAGCUUCGACAAAUUCGUGAAGCCCGUGCGACUAGAAGAUCAUGUUCAGACAGCAAUCGACAGCGUGGAAGAUCUGUUCCCUGAAAACCUCCAGAGGGCCUUCACUCUUCCCGACGACGUCAUCGAUGGAGCUAAUGAUCUCGUCAAGGACGAUGUUUCGGAAGACUUAGUCGAAGGUCAGGGGGAACCUGAGCUUGAAGAAAUAGGCGGUGUUAUUGGAGCUACCAACGAACAAGAUCAGAGUGAUGGCAAAGAGCAGGAUGACUUCGAAGAUGUAGUGGAUCACGAGACUGGGACAGCUGCCAAGAGCGAUUUCUCUGCAAGCACUCCAAGCGGAGAUACUACAGUAGCUCGCUCGGAAAGCUCUCACGAGUCGAACAAAAAGCGAGAGUUACCUUCCGAAGCGAUAAAUCCAAACAAGAGACUUAAAAUCUCCCCAGACACCCCUCUCAAAACCGCCAACUUGGUAACGGGAGGUGUGGCAAUCAGGACUAGAUCAGCUCGGCGUGUCGCUUUUCAAGAAGCUCUUAAUGAAAACCGGGAUUCGGAAAUCUCUCUUUCGAAUUCUCAAGGGAGUGCGGAGGAAGGGGGGCCACAGUCAUCGCAAGGAAGUAUUAAGGCCCUAGGCGGCAGCGGCCCUAAGACUCUUUCCUUUCCAGUCGUUAAGAACCCUCAUGAUUCGGGCACUCUUCUGCGAUUAAGCCAAGAAGGCGACCUGCCUCCUCUUGCUGACGUGGUUGUAUCAACGAUGUCAGAAUACGACAUGCCAUCGAUUAUCUACCAAGAUGCCUUCUACAGCGACGAGAACGACGUUCCAGAUCGGCCUCGGGAGUAUGCGGGUCGUGAGUUCAGAUUGCAAAGUACCACGAUACCCUACCUACCAGCUUUCGAUCCUACUGGGACCGCGCUAUCCAACUUUGGGGAGAAACCUGCCGUUGUCUUAAACAGAACUAAAGAAGAACAAGACAGCCGAGCUAGGGGGAGGCUCUGUAAGUUACGCAAUUGGGAACUCGCCACCGCCCCGCCAUCCGCAGCAGAAGUAGAAGCAUGGCUUCAACAGGAAAAGAAAGAUCCAGUGCCAUCCACAAAAGGCAACGCGGCGAACCCAGCUGCAGACGUGAAGAGUCCUUCUGAAAAGCUCUCCCAAAUCGAGGGUCCUACCCAAAAGAACAAAGGCGGCUCCAAGUACUCACAGAAGAAGAAGUCUGCAAGUGUCAAACAUGAGACUCAAUACAUGAGCAUUAUGAGCCUUGAAGUCCAUGUCAACAAUCGAGGCACCUUGGCGCCAGACCCAAACGAGGAUGAGAUUUCCUGCGUUUUUUGGUGCAUUGAUGCAGACGAUAACGCUGGCGGCAACAGAGAUCGGAUCGGCAUCGUUGCACUAUCUGACGAGGACGGAAUUGCGAAACGGAUAGCCAAGCAAGUCUCUGUGGAGGUCGAAUACGAGGAAGAUGAGCUCGAUCUUAUCAACAGGUUGGUCGAUAUCGUCCGCGAGUUCGAUCCCGACAUUCUCACCGGCUACGAAGUUCACAAUGGCUCAUGGGGCUACUUGAUAGAACGGGCAAGGGUGAAGUACGAGUAUGAUCUCUGCGACGAAUUCUCCCGGAUGAAGUCGCAGUCUCGUGGACGAUUUGGUAAAAACGCGGAUCGCUGGGGAUUUACUCAUACCUCGACUAUCAAGGUCACAGGCCGACAUAUGAUCAACAUUUGGAGAGCAAUGCGUGGCGAGCUCAACUUGCUCCAGUACACUAUGGAGAACGUCGUCUUCCAUCUUCUACACAAGCGAAUACCGCAUUAUUCCUUCCAGGACCUCACAUCAUGGUACAAAGGCUCUAUGCCUAGGGAUUUAGCUAAGGUUCUGGAUUAUUUCUUAUCUCGGGUACAGCUAAACCUGGAAAUACUGGAAGUCAAUGAGCUCGUCUCACGAACUAGCGAGCAAGCACGUCUCUUGGGUGUUGACUUCUUCUCGGUCUUCUCCCGCGGAUCGCAAUUCAAGGUUGAAUCACUCAUGUUCCGGAUUGCCAAACCCGAAAGCUUCAUCCUCGUUUCCCCAAGUCGAAAGCAAGUUGGCCAGCAAAAUGCCUUGGAGUGCCUUCCUUUGGUUAUGGAGCCUCAAAGCGCGUUCUACACCAGCCCGCUCUUGGUGCUCGACUUCCAGUCGCUCUACCCUAGUGUCAUGAUCGCAUAUAAUUACUGCUAUUCGACCUGUCUCGGGCGAGUUGUCAGCUGGCGUGGUCAAAACAAGAUGGGAUUUGCGGACUUCCAACGCGAGCCUCGACUCGUCGAACUCAUCAAAGACUACAUCAACAUAGCGCCGAAUGGAAUGAUGUAUGUCAAGCCUGAGAUGCGCAAGUCACUGCUUGCAAAGAUGCUGGGCGAGAUCCUAGAAACACGCGUUAUGGUCAAGAGCGGCAUGAAGGCAGACAAGGACGACAGGCCCCUGCAACAGCUCCUCAACAACAGACAACUAGCCCUCAAGCUCAUCGCCAAUGUUACCUACGGCUACACUUCCGCCUCCUUCUCCGGCCGCAUGCCGUGCUCCGAAAUCGCCGACAGCAUCGUGCAAACCGGCCGCGAGACCCUCGAGAAGGCUAUCGCUCUCAUCCACUCCGUCGACCGGUGGGGCGCAGAGGUUGUCUACGGGGACACCGACUCUCUCUUCGUCUACCUCAAGGGCCGCACAAGAGACCAAGCUUUCGCCAUUGGCGAGGAGAUCGCAGAAGCCGUCACAAACGCCAACCCGCGGCCCGUCAAGCUCAAAUUCGAGAAAGUGUACCACCCAUGCGUCCUCCUGGCCAAAAAGCGCUACGUCGGCUUCAAAUACGAGUCGCGCACGCAAACCACGCCCGAUUUCGACGCCAAAGGCAUUGAGACGGUCCGGCGCGACGGCACACCCGCCGAGCAGAAGAUCGAAGAGAAAGCCCUCAAGAUCCUCUUCCGCACCGCCGAUCUCAGCGCCGUGAAGUCCUACUUUCAGUCCCAGUGCGCGAAGAUCAUGGCGGGCAGCGUCAGCAUCCAGGACUUCCUCUUCGCGAAGGAAGUCAAGCUGGGCACGUACAGCGACAAGGGCCCGCCGCCGCCGGGUGCCCUCAUCGCCACCAGGCGCAUGCUCGCCGACCCCCGCCUCGAGCCGCAGUACGGCGAGCGCGUGCCGUACGUCGUCGUCACGGGCCCGCCGCAGGCCCGGCUCAUCGACCGCUGUGUCGCGCCCGAGGCGCUGCUCGCCGACGACGCGCUCGAGCUCGAUGCCGAGUACUACAUCUCCAAGAACCUGAUCCCGCCGCUCGAGCGCAUCUUCAACCUCGUCGGCGCCAACGUGCGGCUGUGGUACGAGGAGAUGCCGAAGGUGCAGCGAAUCAGGAGCGUGGGCGUCGUUGUGGGAGCGAAUAAUGAUGCACAGGGCGGCCAGCCAGGUGCGGCUGCGGCGAGGAAGACGCUCGAGAACUACAUGCGCAGCUCGGCGUGCUUGGUUUGUCGGACUAAGUUUGCGCCUGCACUGCCGCCGCAGCAAUUCGCGGAUAAGCCGAGCCCGGUGUUGCUGCUGCCGCUGUGUGCGGCGUGCAAGGCGAGGCCGGCGCAGACGCUGUUGGCGCUGAGGAUGCGGCUCAAUCAGGCAGAGACGAGGGUUAAGAGUGUGGAGGACGUGUGUCGCAGCUGUGCGGGCCUGGCGUUUGGAGAGGAGGUGCGGUGUGACAGUCGGGACUGUCCGGUGUUCUACACGCGGCUGAGAGAAAGGGCGCGGGCGGAUAGGGCGAGAGAUGGGGUCGGGCGCGUGGUGGGGUUGCUGGAGAAGGAUGGAGAGGAGAGCUUCAUCAGGGGGGGUGGGGCGUUGGAGUGGUAA